AUGACUCCAGCCCUUCUUACAGUUUCGCUCGCCAUUGCCGCGGCUCCCUUCCUCUUCUACACGGUAUUCCUGGGCGUCUCAACAAUCCCCUUUCUCCAGCGUCACGCAUUAUACGCUCAUAAAAUCAAUACACUGUUCCUGUACGACGUGAAUGAGCCGACCUACUGGGGCUUUGCCAAGAACCAAGUAACGCCGUUCAGUCUCACAACACCAGAUCACGAGACCAUAUAUGCCUGGCAUAUUCUUCCACUUCCGCUGUACUACAAGAAUGAGGACAAUUUGGCCGUUCAGCCUUCCGGCUUGGCUGUGGACAUUAACAAGACUGAGGCCUUUAAAUUAUUGAAAAGCAACCCUGAGGCAAAGCUGAAUGCCGGGCACGUUGCCCAAGGAAUGCGGCCCGAGACCUUCCAUGCACUGACCGAUACAAGCUCGUAUCAUGUCUUGUCCAUCGACUACCGCGGUUUUGGCCAUUCAACUGGUGUUCCCAGUGAGGCCGGGCUGAUCCGGGAUGCGCAUACAUUGGCCGAGUGGGCGAUCAAUGUCGCCGGCGUUUCUCCCGACCGCAUCGUCAUUCUUGGCCAGAGCCUAGGAACAGCUGUCGCCACUGCCGUCGCAGAGAAGUACUCCAGACAGGGCGUCGAGUUUGCGGGCAUCGUUCUCGUUGCUGGCUUUAGCGAUCUCGCCACUAUGAUUGGCGGCUAUCGCAUCGGUGGCCUCGUGCCGCUGCUCGGCCCGUUUAGCUACUGGCCAGGUUUUGUCAAGCUGUUGGAUCGUUUCAUUGUUGACAAGUGGCACUCGGCAGAUCGUCUAGUCAGUAUUGCUCGUCGGACGAAGACGCGCCUGCGUUUAAGUUUGCUACACGCAAAGGACGAUGCCGAUAUUCCCUACACUGAAGACGACAAGCUUUUCAGAGCAGCUGCGGGCGAGCUCGUUGGCAAUAUCAGCGAGGAUGAAUUCCGCGCCAUGAAGGAGCAGCAUACAGUACACAAAGGUGAAGAUUCGGCCGUGACGACUUGGAAAGCAGAGCCAAAUAUUGUCAUUCGACAAGAGCUGAUUCCCUACGGUGGACACAAUUACAUCAUGGGCUCCUCUAACGUGAUAAUGGCUGUCCUGCGUUGCUUCGAUGAUUGA